AUGUUGGCAAGCGUAGGCUAUAUCCGUCACAGCAAAGCUCAAUUCAUGUAUGGCAAAAUUGGCAACCAACCGCCAGUAACAUUUUAUCCAGUGACACAAAACCUGUGGCACAGCUCGCAUGUUACGGCAUAUGUACAUUUUGCGAUUCAUUUCAUUGCAUCCGGUGUGGCGCUGAAAGUCUUAAGUAGGCAUACAAGACGCGGCCGAAGAGUUGACGCACCGAAUUGCUUUUCCACCGUAGAGUGA